AUGGAGACUCCUUUCCCAGCUCCUCUCCCAGCUGCUCUCCCCUCUCUCACCACCCGCGAGGCUAUCACUGACACCCUCCACCGUGCUGUCCUUGCAUUCGACACAGACGACAAAGCCCUCCUCGAAUCCGCCUUCUUUCCUGAUGCAGUCUUCGACCUUGAUGGCCGCGUCCUGAACGGCCUGGAUGAAAUCUGCACCCAAUCCUUUGACAUGAUCUCAAAGCUGGACACCACUCACUUUAUCAGCAACGUCCGUGUCAACUACAUUGAAGGGGCAUCUACUGCGUCACUGACUGCUUCUGCGCUUUCUCAACAUUACCGUCCAAAUACUGGAAAGACACCUGGUGCGACAAACUUCAUGGGUGGUUCCCUAUACUAUGUAGACGUCAUUCAAGAUACAGAUGGAUUGUGGAAGGUUAAGACUUGGAGGAUGAAGGUUAUCUGGACUACUGGGGAUAUAGGAGUAGUGACGGGAAAGUAA